AUGUCACAAGGCUAUGCGAUCGAGCUCUACUUCGAUCCAGCCCUCGAAAACCAGGUCUUGAAGGCUUGGAAUGUGCUCGCUCGCCGUCAGAUUAGUACCCAACUCAUUGAAAUCGAAUCACGCCCCCACAUCACCCUCUUCUCCAGCCCUUUCAUUGAACCAGCGAAGCUCGAAAACGUAAUCAAAGCCUUCGCUUCGAAGCAAGAACCUUUGGCGUUGUCUUUCUCCUCAAUUGGGAGCCUUCCACAUGACAACAAUGUCCUGUUUCUGUCACCAACUCCUUCAGUUUCGUUGCUUCAGUUUCAGUCCCAAUUGUGCGAGGCAGUGAAGAGAGAAGGCGUUGAAAUUGGGGAGGAGUAUCGCACAGAUUCUUGGGUUCCUUGUUGUGCUGUUGCUCAGGAAGUGCCAAAGACUCGGAUGGCGGAAGCGUUUUGCGUGUUACGGGACUUGAAGUUGCCGGUUGCUGGGUAUGCCAUGGAUAUUGGGUUGGUGGAGUUUUCGCCUGUUCGUGAGUUAUUCUCGUUUGUGCUAGGCAACACAGUGGAAGCAUGA